CAACUUUUGUUUACCAAGCCUUCUUUAUCGUGCGACUCACUUUACUUUUCUCUUUUAUCCUUGUGUUCUUACAUCUUUAAUUCUCUUACAUAUAUAUAACACAAGAACAACAAUUAUCUUUUCUAGCCUGUUCAUCAAGCUUUCUAUCCUUAUUAUUUUUUAUUAUCUUCUCAAACGCUAUUUUAUCUGUUCUUUCCAACAUGCAACAACCUUCUCAGCCCAUUUCUGCUCCACGUAACAUUCGCAUUAACCGUCCCACGGAUGGCCCUAUCUUCUCUCCUAUGACUUAUUGCAAUCCUUACAUGCCUCCUGUACCUACUAGCAUUCCUAUGGGAAUUAUGCAAUCGCAUAUGAAACCAAUGAAUGUAAGUUUUGCACAAAUGCCUUAUCCCAUACCUUUUAAUGUUCUCUGCCAAAACAGUUCUAGUGAACAAGCUAGUAUUUUAGCCAACUUUCGCAUGGAUAUCACUCAACGACCUCCUCAUCCUCAACCCGCUACUGAUACUGAUCGAAACAACGGAAAUGACUUUACCAACUUUCAAGUUCUUCCUUAUGGUUACUGGGAUUAUCGUGCUGUCCUUAUUCACAAUAUGCCAUCUCUCUACAAUGUUUCCGAAUUUCUAAAUCUUGGACGAUUUGGAACUCUCGAACGUGUUGUCCCCAUUUAUGAAAGAAACCAACUCUUCCUUGCUUUUCUUUCCGCUGCUGAUGCUCUUGACUUCUAUAACGCCGUCCGUUACACCGAUUUUACUUUUAAGAAACAGCGACUCAUUGUCUCAACUAUCGACCCUAUGCCUUUGGAACCAUCCAUCAUUGAAGCCUGUCAUCGAGGAUUUGUUAGCAGAAACGUCCAAAUUUCCGGGUUUCCUUUUGAUUUUGACGAAGCAGCUUUGAUUCAACUUUUAUGUUCUCUCGGUAAAGCCGAGCUUAUUUCAGUUUGCACGAAAACCGACUCUGUUUACAUCCACUACUUAAGCAUCACAGAUGCGCUUUAUUGCAUCGAUUCUCUUGCUUCCCACCCUUAUUAUAAAAAUUUGAAUUGCUGUUGUUUUUAUGAAAGAUGUGAUCGCUACUACGCCACUGACUUCCAAGUCGAGAAAACUGUUGCUGGUUCUAAUUUCACUAAACCUGAAGUUGAAGAAUCCAUUAUUCAUAAGUCAACUCACUCUUCUACUCAAACGCAUGCAAAUACUUUCCCUAAAAAGUCCCCAGUCAAGAAAUCUAUUACCAAACUUGAGCAAAAGGAAAUUCCAGCUAACCCUCCUUGUUUGUCUGAAAACGGUGUCCUAGAUAAAGAAACUACUAAUUCAAUCCCUAAGGAAAAAACAGAUAAGAAUUCUGUCGAUACUGGAAAAGCAAAGUCUGUUCAUAUAUCUGAGACUGAAGUAAUUCCCUUAGAGAACCAUACCAGUCCCAAAAAACCGAGCGAAGAAUCUUUUCCUAUUUAUAAAAAUUCUUUACAAAAGAACUCUAACACUGAUUUUACAAAAACCAACGUCUCCAUUUCCGUUCUUGAAUGUCAUUCCAAGAUUGCUGCCUUACAAAACGUCACCAAUACCUCCUCCUCUGUUUGCCAUUCAUCCAAGUCAAGCUUAAAUGAACCUUCUAAUGAAUCCACUAAUACUACGAUUUUUCCUGAUGCUGAUGUAGAUGCAUCAUCUUCUUCCCUUCGCGUACCUUCAGAAAGUAAUUCUCUACAGGACAGAAAUAUACCCACCAUUUACCCUAGCUCAAAUGAUUCGAAUGCAAUAUUUUCUACUAUUAAUGAUCAGGCAUAUGACAGCCUGUCACCGAAUUCUAAACCACAUGCCCUCGUUGACUAUGAGGCUAAAGAUAAAGAUCUACAACAAUACUCUAAUGCAACAUCAAAUUCCCUCCAAUCUUCUGAAGAAACCACUUCUGGUGUGAAAAACUAUUCUGAUAAUGAUUCUACCCCAGUGACAAAGAAAGCUUUACCUUUUGUUUCCUCUACUUCAAUUGACACAGAUACACAAAUAAAGACAGCUCGAAAUACGGAAAUCACCGAACAAAACCUUAGUAGAUAUGAAUCCUUCUCCGAGGACAGUUCCCUUGCUUCUCUUCCCAUGCAACAUGCCGAUAAAAACCCUGCAAAUGACUUGAGUAGUCUUCCAAAGCUAACAACUGAGAGUUGCUCAUCGAGAAGCUCCUCUGCCCUCACUUCUCCUACCCUUGUUGGCUCGCCGCUUGAAACUUCUGCAAAAUCUUUUACUGAUUUCUCUGAAUACAAUGGAAUGGAUAUUAUAUCAAAGCCUUCCAACGAUAUUCAACUUGUCUCUGAUCUUGACCCUUAUUCGAAAAACCGAACUCUUUUCUUAAGCAAUAUUCACAGAGCAACCAAGCAAUUAGAGAUUAGCAAGUUGUUCGAAGGGUUUCCUUUAGAAGAAAUUCGCUAUCUUUCAAAGAAAAAAAUAUGUUUUGUCACUUUUCUGGAGUCUUAUGAUGCCAAGAUUUUCUUGCACGAUCAUGAAAAACAGCCGCCUUACCUACAUGGUCGCCCAAUAAAACUAGAGUGGGCUAAAUUUAACAAUCCUUUUACUGAUCAACUAAUAUACGCAAUUGCUAAUGGAGCAUCUAGAAGCAUUUCCUUUGAAAAAAUUCACCCGACUAUUACUCGCAACGAACUUGUCUCUGUUUUCAGACUUUAUGGUCCUAUAGAAAGCUUCCAUUUCUCAAAACCAAAAAGUGCCGGAUCUAUUACCUAUAACAGCAUAUACUCUGCAAUGAAGGCAAUGGAGUACUUUCAAGCUCAUCCAACAUUUGAAAAAGCUACCCUUUAUUACUCUUAUGAUGAUCAUCAUGGUCGAAAAAACGUUCUUGUCGAUAAACAGCCUUACCUUAAAGGAAACAAAGGUGAUUGUAUCUUUAAAAAAGUUUCCUUUCAAGAGUCUCCGAAACUUUCCUCUCGCUUUCACGAGUAUGAUUCGUAUUUUCCUUCUCAUUCAAAAAGUACCAAAUUUCGUCCACCAGCGUGUACCAUUUCUGUCAAAGCAUAAUUCUCCUGCAUUGUUUUUGAAAUUCGCCUUUCUUUUUGUUUAUCCUUUCCUAAUGUUAUUACGUCAAUGUUUGUUGUUACUGUUUGUUUAUGUUCACAAAUAAAAUCCAUUCAAAAAAUCAAAAUAGUUGAUUGCAAGUACAAUUGUAAUCGUUAACUAUAUAUGAAAAUGAUAAUGUACAAUAAAGACAUUUAUAAAUCUGAUCUUGACAAGAAAAUUCACCUUAUC